AAGUAAAGCUCACAUUAUACGAGUAGCUUAUCUACAUAUUGCUUAUCUGAUAACAAUUCUGUGAGAAAGAAAUUCAUCAUCAUUUUACAGACUGCAUUCAAUUCUCCAGUCAUACGAAUGCAAACACUGGCUAGUAUAAAAAAAAACCUGUGAUUUGAAGAGAUUAGAUAAAUUGUUACUCCAUGGUAGAGCCUUGAAUCCAGGUCUUACUGGUGCUAAAACCCACUUUCCAACACCUCACUGGGAAGUUUCGAAAUAGAGAAAAUAAAACUGAUCAAACAGUUCCCAGUGCUAAUUUUCCUGAAGUUACAGACAAAUCCUUAACACCACGUGGAGUCCUAGUAAUAGGGACUUUUUGGUUAUGGUUGAAUCAUCUCCCGCUACUGUUUUGUUGGAGGUUAGGAUAAAGACUGGGGAACAACAGAGAUGCUGACACCUAUGAAGUGGGCAGAAGGGACAAAGUAGUGAUGAGGAAGGUGAUGUAGGUGAAGGGUAUAUUAAGGACUUUGGAGAUUAUUGUGUUAGUGAGAAAUUGAUAGGCCAUGUAUGUGGGAAAUUUUAUGAGCUUUAAAUUUUAUGAGUUUUGGCAACUGGACAGAUUUUAAAUAUGAAAACACUUAAAUAAUACUUAGUUUAAACCUUUAUAUUACUUCCACCUCUGCUCUUUCAGUGGCGCCUCACAAAUUGUUCUUUUGUUUUCCUCAUCAAUGUGCUCUUUAUAGACAUAAGACAUUAUUACUGAGAAACCUGUUUCACCAGCCCAGUUUUUCUCACACUCCCCUACAAAUUUUCAGGCCUUCCCAAGUUUUUCUCCUAUUCCAUGCAUACUCCAUUUCUGACCAAGCUCCUUAGGGUGAUCUUGAAGGAGAGGACUCCUUGUUUCUUCUAUUUUCCUUGUACCUUCCUGCAGACUCUUCAUUCCAUGCCCCCAAGAUUCUGGGCACUGCAGCUUUAAGAACAUUUCUUUUUAUUGUGAAACGUGGAAGUUGUAAAAUAAUCGUGGACUCUCAUUGGCUAUAAUAAAUGUUUGCCUGUUGCCUGGAAAGUAAAUAUGGAGCAGCAGCCCUUUACAACAAACCCUCCUGGGAGAAGCCAGCAGGAAAGCAAAAGAAGCCUUCCUUCUGCUGAGAUCCUCAUCUCUUCAUCUUGCUUGUGAUGUCUUAAUCAUCUCCACGACAACCAAAUAUGACCUCAGACAUGGACUAGAAAGCUAGAAAAAAAAUAGACUAACUACCACCACAGUAAUUGGAUCCCCACAGCACUGCAGGCUAUGAUUGGAGCACUGAGGGUCAAGUCCAACUUAACACUGGCUCUCUCCAUGAAGAAGAGGCAACAUUGAGUAGUGGACAGCAGUUUUUUGCAUUUCUUUCACUUGGUUCUCAGCAUACCCUUGUGACUUCUUUAUAGCCAACACCUUUGGCUACUUGCUCAUGACACUGCAUCUCUGAUCAUAGAGCUAAACUACUGUCUGCCUGUUGGUCUCUGGUACUGGUACUCAAUUCUGCUUAGUCCAACUUGAUUCCAGAAGAUCCAAUGGAGAAUUAUAUAGACUCACCACCUACCUUACAGGUAGAGCAUUCUUCCCUUCAGGCAGAGAAUCUGAUUCUGCAGCCACAAAUGCAGCAUGUGACUGAGGAGAACCCUGCUCUAAGGGGCCAAGUCAUGUCUGCCCUAACCCCACCAAUGAUGCCUGUACCCUGCUCACUUGAGCAUCUUUCCCAAUUUCAUGGUGACCCCACCAAUAUCUCAGAGUUUCUUGCUCAGAUGACUACCUACCUGACAACUUUGAAGAUCCCCAAUCCUGAAGAUAAUGCUCAUGUCAAGUUCAUUUUUGACCACCUAUCUCAGCAGAUGGAAAGCUGUGGGGUCAUAUCUGGGCCUGACCAGAGUGCUCUGUUGAAGCAACAUGAGAACUUUGUUCUUGAGUUCCAGCAGUCAUUUGGUGAGCUCACAAAACAGGAAAUGAAGUCCCUGGUGACUAAGGUUGACAAAGGGGACAAAUUCUCCCAGCAGGAUACUACAACUUUCCAGCUCCUUGCUCAGAAUCUGAGAUAUAAUGAAACCAAUCAGAGUUGUCACUUCCAAGAGGGAUUUGCUGAUCCCAUUCACGCUGAAGUAAGUGGCACAGAUAUGAUGGACAACCUCCCAGACCUUAUCACUCAAUGUAUUCAGGUGGACAAGAAACGUAGUAACAGGCCAGAGCUCCUACAGUCAGAGGCCCAGAUCCCAGUGUUGGCUUCCCUGAUCCACCACCAAACCCUCUCCAGCACCACAGGUCCACCACCUAAGGAAGACCCUGUACAGCUGCGAGGAGGCCAGCCACCUCUCACUCCAGCCAAACGAGCUCGCCAGCAAGAAACACACUCUUGCCUCUACUGCAGCCAGUCUGGUCAUUUCACAAAAGAUUGCCUUGCCAAACGUUCUCGAGCCCCAACAAGGACAAAUAACUCAUCUCAACAGUAAGAGGAGCCCAGGGAUGUCACCUCCACCUUACUGAUUUAUAUCCUGCAUUAACAUUUAAAAUACAGAUGGGGAACUAUGAUACCAUUUUAUAGUCAUGAACUCACAUGCUUCUGAGAAUUUAAACAACCAGAUCUUGAUCAUUUUGGUGACCCAUCACCAAACCUGAUCCAACAAUGAUGAAAACAGUCCUCAGGAACUUUCUGCAGUUGGGACUAAUUUUCCAAGAGCACUGAAAGCCUGAAGGCAAAACUCUGCCCAGUCUCACCCAAUGGAAACCACUCUGGCAAUACUUUGGGAUCUCCGUUGCCACCAGUGGGUGAUAGAUACCUGGGUUGACUUUGUUGGCCCAGGUCUUCUGUGCCUAUAUUUGGGCCCAAGACUUUCACUCAUUCUAGUUGGCCUGUCUCCUAAUUCCCUGUUGGUUUAGGACUCUUGGCUGAAGUCCCAAUUGUGUUUCCAUAUCCUACCAAUAUUUUCAGACCAGAGGAUGAAUCCUGUCCCACCUAUUAACUAGAGUCCAGCUUAAUACACACCAACCUUCAUGGAAACACAGCUCUGCCAUCUUUUCAUACAGCUGCAUAUUUUGUUAUCAUCUGAAGACGUCUGCUUGGAUCUCUUGGCUAUUGACACACUAGAUGGUAUGGCCUUUUGAGCACUUGGCUUGUAACUUUUGGUCCACAUCUUUGAGAGUUAGCCCUUUAAGCAGGUACAGGUUUUUAGCCAAGCCCUCACUUACUACCCUUUUCUCCAACAACCUACUUCAUGUUCUAUCAAGUCUUAUGGCCAAGUAAAAAUGCUCUAGGAUAAUGACCUCUGACAAGUAUUUAGGGAAAGUUGGGGAGUAUAUCUCAGCAUAAUUAAUGUGUCUUAAGAAUGUCCUUGCUGCCUUAGACAGGGGACCUGGCUAAAUAAAUCUCCUCUGAAGACUGAGAAUCAGGCGCUUCAGUAGUUUCUGACUCUAGUGACUUUAGCAUAGUCACCAUCUAGGAUCACUGCCCAUUGACGUUAAGCCCCACCCCACCCCACUCUUUUUUUUUAGGGCUGCACCUGCGGCAUAUGGAGGUUCCCAGGCUAGGGGCCCAAUUGCAGCUGUAGCUGCUGGUCUAUGCCA